AUGUCUCAGGAAAAGCCAAAGCAGACAUUGGCCAAGCCUCGUGAACCCCCGCCUGCAUUGUUCUUGCACCCGUCUCCAGCCGCCUCCCAUGUGUCUCUCCCUGGCAUCGCGGCUGCGACAGGCGGCGCGAGCCACGCCUCCGGGUCGGGCGUGGCGUCAUCAACGGAGGCUCCGACAAGAAUGUCCCUGGAAAUCGGCAGCGCAAGCCGAGGUGGCGGUCCCAUAGCAGCACCACCUCUUGGAAGGACCGGCUCGUUACUCAACCCUCGCAACAACAUCGCCGGCAGUAACAGCACAGGCAUGCCUCCUCGCCUCGUGAGUGGCGAGUCGUCUCGCGCCACAGACAGGACAGAUGCGUUAUGGGCCGAGAUGCAAGCAACUCUUGAAGAGGCAGAACUAUCCGCGACUGGGGGCACACGUGUAUUCGGACCAGAGCAUGAUCGCAAGCUGGCAGAGCUGCGCAUGGCCCAGAUUGCGCUCGCUCAGGCCUGGGCGCGAAGCGAGGCGGACGAUGCUGUCACGGAGAACAACUUGGGCGAACCGAGCGAAGUGGGCAAUCUCAAAGGCGCACUUGGCGACGUGGGCAUUGCCGCCGCGGCUGUUGGGUUAGGUGGUAGUAUCAUCCCACCAUCUGGCGUCGGCAAAGCUGGACCCAGUGAUGCUACGGAUGGUGGGAAGAGCACGGUCGGAAGCGCUAGCAACCAUCCCGGCAGCAGCGGUGGCCCUGGAGGCUUGAGUAGCAACAUGCUUGGCGGCAAGCUCGAAGAGGAGACCGAGCGUGACAUCCUUCUGGCUCGGAAGCGGCGCGAAGCGAACGACAAGUACUUUGGCCGUGUCGACGAUGGCGUGCGGGACGUCGUCGCAAAGCUCGAAGAGGUUGCGCUUGCCAUGCGCGCCGUCGAGCAAGAGACUCGUGAUGUGUGGGGAGACGAAAGCAUGGCCGGAAGCAUGGUCGUGAGGGAUUAG